AAUCCAAAUCCAGUGUCUGCUACUGUAACAUCUGAGCUUGCUGAGAGUGAGAAGAAUGAGAAAUGGAGAUAUCGUGUGCAGUUGCAUUGGGAAUGGCGUUUGGCGUUUCACCAAUCCCUUCUCUCUCAGUUUCUGCGUCUACAACGGAACCACAGCACACUCACACUUCUACAAAUGCCAUCAAAAUUCGAAGUUCGAAACCCUUCCAAGCAAGAAAAGCAGCAACACUUGAAGUUCAGAAUGCUUCUGAUUUGGCUUCAGCUCUUGCCAGGGUGGGAGAAACGUUGACGGUCAAAGACCUCAAUGCCACUUUGCAUCACUUUAGAAAUUCAAACAAAUUUCACCAUCUCUCUCAGUUGUUUUCAUGGAUGCAAGAAAACGAUAAGGUUGAUGUCUCAUCUUAUUCACAUUACAUAAGGUUCAUGGCGAAUAAAAUGGAUGCUGCUAAGAUGCUGAAGCUGUACCACAGCAUUCCAGAUGAAGCAGCCAAGAACGAUAUACUUGUGUGUAAUUCCAUUCUUAGUUUCUUAAUCAAGAAUGGGAAGUUUGAUUCUGCCGUAAAACUGUUUCAGCAGAUGAAAGAAGAUGGUCUGGUCCCAGAUGUUGUUACCUAUAGCACUCUUCUUGCAGGUUGCGCUAAAAUAGAAGGUGGAUAUCCUAAGGCGCUGGAACUACUUCAAGAAUUGCAACACAAUAAACUGCGGAUGGAUGAUGUAAUUUAUGGGACUAUUCUGGCAGUGUGUGCUUCCAAUAGUAAAUGGGAAGAAGCGGAAUACUAUUUUAACCAGAUGAAGGGUGAAGGUCACUCGCCAAAUGUUUAUCACUACAGCUCUUUGCUCAAUGCUUAUUCAGCAUGCGGAAACUACAAAAAGGCUGAUAUGUUGCUUCAAGAUAUGAAAUCUGAAGGGUUAGUACCAAACAAGGUCAUUUUGACAACCUUACUAAAGGUAUAUGUUAGAGGAGGUUUGUUUGAGAAGUCAAGAGAAUUACUAGCCGAACUGAAAUCUUUGGGCUAUGCAGAAGAUGAGAUGCCAUACUGUGUAUUAAUGGAUGGCCUAGCCAAGGCAGGACAAAUACAUGAAGCCAAACUAAUUUUUGACGAAAUGAUGAGAAACCAUGUCAGCUCUGAUGGCUAUGCUCACAGUAUCAUGAUAUCAGCAUUUUGCCGAGGCAAGCUUUUUGGGGAUGCAAAGCAAUUGGCCAAGGAUUUUGAAACCACCUUUAACAAAUAUGACGUAGUUCUAUUGAAUUCAAUGCUCUGUGCUUUCUGUAGAGCAGGUGAAAUGGAAAGUGUGAUGGAAACUCUUAGAAAGAUGGAUGAAUUGGCAAUCAGUCCUGACUACAAUACCUUCCAUAUUCUAAUCAAAUAUUUCUGUAGGGAAAAAAUGUAUCUAUUAGCUUAUCGAACCCUGGAGGACAUGCGUAGUAAAGGCUAUCAACCAGUGGAGGAAAUUUGUUCCACUUUAAUAUCCCACCUUGGCCAGGUAAAUGCUUAUUCAGAGGCAUUUUCUGUGUACAAUAUGUUGAAAUAUAGCAAGAGAACAAUGUGCAAGGCACUUCAUGAGAAGAUUCUUCACAUUCUCUUAGCAGGACGGCUUUUCAAAGAUGCAUAUGUAGUAGUCAAGGAUAAUGCAGCAUUUAUUUCUCAACCUGUCAUAAAAAAAUUUGCCAGUGCAUUUUUGAAGUCAGGUAACAUCAACUUGAUAAAUGAUGUUAUGAAGACCCUCCAUGAUUGCGGCUACAAGAUUGAUCAGGAUUUAUUUGAGAUGGCUGUAUCACGCUAUUUAGGUCACCCUGAUAAGAAGGACUUGCUUCUGCACUUACUACAGUGGAUGCCAGGCCAAGGUUAUGUGGUUAAUUCUUCAACAAGGAAUCUAAUCCUCAAGAAUUCACACUUAUUUGGUCGUCAGCUAAUUGCUGAAGUUUUGUCCAAGCAACAAAUAAAGUUAAAAGCACAAAAAUCUCGGUAGAUAGAGCAUGCAAAAUUUUGCCAUUGAGAUAGUGCUUGUUGACCGUUCUGUGUACUGAUAAUUCGAAGCUCCUAGUCCCCAAGCCUAUGGUACCCUGCAUCAUGCACUCAUUGCAUCACUUCAUUUUUGGUCCCAUAAAAUUUUCGGUUAAGUUGUGAUUAAUAGCUUAUAUACACCUAAAUUCUUAUGGUGUAGAUUGACGAGUGUAUAUAAACAGAUAUAAAUGUAUUAAGUCGAAUAGUUAUAAUAUGAUCCUAUAAUCUUUUGACUUCUGG